AUGUCGGCCUUGCAGACAUUCAUGCUGGUCGUCGAACACGACAAGGAAGAAGCCAAAGCUAUCGCAAGCAGCGUCGCUCAAGAUGUGGAAAGCAGCAAAAUCACUCUGAUCGAGAUUGUCCGGCAAUUGGCCGACUAUAUCAAUGACGAAGACCCAAUUCUGCGCGGCAAGGCCGUCUCUUUCCUAACCGCUGUGAUCAAGGCUCUAUCACCCCGCUAUCUAUCCAGACAGCAGAUCCAGGUCUUGACCACCUUCUUUUGUGAUCGGAUUGAGGAUGGCGGCGCAGUUGCUGGUCUGGAAAACUUGCAGAGUUUGGAGCGAUUCAACAAGGCAUUAGCUGUUGAGACGGCAAAGGGGAUCUUUGCCAACUUCCAGGACUUGCAAUCUCGCUCCCAGUCACAGCGAUUCCAGGUUUAUCAAUUGCUGAACGAAUUGAUGUCGAGGCAUCGCACAGCAUUGCGCGAGAUGGGCGACUUCUCCCUCGUUGGUAUUGUCGACCUUAUGACUGGAGAAAAAGAUCCCCGCAACUUGAUGAUCGUAUUUUCUAUUUUGAAGGUGGUUAUGGUUGAAUGGGAUAUUACCAACCACGUCGAGCUCCUCUUUGACGCGGUAUACAAUUACUUCCCGAUCACAUUUCGACCACCUCCGAACGACCCGUAUGGAAUAACUGCGCAAGACUUAAAGGACCGCCUUCAAGAAUGCAUUUCUUCCAACGGGCUGUUUGCACCCCACGCCAUUUCAGCAUUGCUAGAGAAGCUGGACUCGACUUCUCCGAAUGUGAAGAAAGAUGCUCUCAACUGCUUGAUUGCGUGUAUCCACUCUUAUGACCCUGAUACUGUUUCCCGUUACUCUAUUACCAUUUGGGAGGUGUUAAAGUUCGAGAUCCUCAAUGCACAAGAAGAAUUCCUGUCAGAAUCUUCUCUCCAGGCCCUGAAUGCUACUGCCAAAAGGCUUGCAGAAGGAGUGACGCAGGUCUCACAGGAUAUACCUCUUGCACAGUACCUCCAACCAAUCACCAAGGAGUGUAACGAGCAGAUGCAAGAGCGGGAACAGAAAAAAGCGAAGCCUGCUCAACAGAUCCUCAAGUCGCUGGCUUCUUCCUCCGUCAUUGCCUUUACUUUAAUUGUGAAGACCGUGAUCGCACCCAUUUUCACCAUCUAUCAAGAAGCAGAUGGGAUUGCUAAGCAAAAGGCUCUUCUUGAGACUUUGGCUGUUCUGUUCCAGUCUGCAAUCGAUGUUUUUGGCGAGUGGGAUUCUCGAAGCGUUGAUGUUGACCUCGCAAAUCCGCUACAUGAGUACAAGGAUCAAUUCUUUGAAGUCCUUGGCCAGGCGUUGAUGGGCGCUGCGAAGGAAGAAGCUGCGUUCCGAGUCACCGCUCUCAAGGGCUUCCUCAGUCUAUCAAACUUGCGUGACUUCUUCCAGGACAACGAAAUAGGCCUUUUUGUUCAGUAUUUGAAUGACAUUCUCCUGAAUGAGGACUCCGUUGGUCGAAAUGGCUUGAAAGAGGAGGCCAUUUCCGCACUUGCCAAAAUCUCCAAGCACCACCCCCGCCUGAUUAUGGAUAUCACCUUUCCUGCAUUCAUCGCAACCCUUCCAGAGGAUGACGGAAAGGUCAACACCAAUUACCUAACCACUCUAGAUAUACUGGCCCAGAUAAGCACCGAGAAGGAUAUCUUUGAAACACUGUUCCGACGUUUGUUCAGUAAGCUGUCCAUUCUACUUCAGAGAGAACAGCCUGGAUCUGUAGAUUACCCACAUGCUAUCCUCGUGACUUUCCUUUGGGUUAUGGAACAGCGCCAGAUGGAUGCAGACCCGAAUGUGGAUAUGUACUUUGACAAAAUUGUGGUUGGUCUCUGCCGAAGUGUCUCAGAAUCCACAUCAGGAAAAUCAAAGAACAAAAUUCUUAACGACGCGACCAUUCUCGACGUUCUCGGAAGACUCUGCAACCUCUUGGUUCGAUCAGUCUCCAUUCAGAAGCAAGAGCAGGCGGCAGAGAAUGUUUACAAGCUCUUUUCCACGGCACCUGACUUUGUUCCUGUCCCCUUCUCAAAAAACACAACGGCGGACCAAGAACGUACCAUCAUCCUUUCGACAUAUCUUCUUGCAGGCCUAUCCAAGAACUGUGUUGACAGCGUACCAAAUGUUGCUGCAGAUAUGAAGGCACUGCUCUCAGACCUUAUACCGCGUUCAAUGUCUGAUACUACAGACUCAGCUACACACUUCGCUUUCCUGCGACAUGUGGCCUUGCUUGUCAAUAAGUGCCUAUCACAAGAGGACAUCAAACUCAAAGUCGCAGAGACCCUGUUUGACGAAUUGGUUUCAUCCCAACGGGACACCCCUGCCACUAUUGAUACCAUCUUUUGGCUGGCCAAGGGACUUGUCCUCCGGCUAUACCCAACAACCACUAAAAUCCUAACCUCGCUCUUGGGUCUCCUUUCGUCCCCAAACCAAAAAAUAAGCCUAGAAUCCGCCCGAGGCUUCGCCAUCCUUCUCAAAGACGACGAAAUCCUAUGCGCAACCAACGGCGCCAACAUCCGCCUUCUACACAAGCAGCGUGUUUUCGCAACAGUAGUCCCCAAGAUCUCGACCACAAUCCGCGAAGUAAACGUGGCCAACAACCAAAACUCAACUCCAGUCUAUGAUCACAUCAAGCCAGCUCAUCUCACAGCUCUAGCCGGAAUCCUCUCUACAAUCCCCACAGACCUGGUCAUGAUAGAACUCACACCACUCCUCCCACUUCUCCUCCAAUCCCUAGACCUCCAAACUGCAGACUCAGUCGCAGUCCGCAAAGCAACCCUGCACACUCUCAACGUGAUUAUAGCCGACAACGGCGUCGUAGCAAUAGACCAGUGCGGACACGUCCACAGUCUCAUUCAGCGUCUAUUGAAAACUACAGAAACAGGUCCUACAACCGAUGCUGUCAAUCCCCCAAUACUACGCGUCAAUGCUCUGAACUGUCUCUACCUCCUCGCUGUGAAGCAAGCGGCUAACGAAACAUCUACGUCUAUCUCCCCGCUUCUUCCUGAGAAGGCACAUGUUCUACGCUCGCUGCGUGCUGUCCUGGAUGAUCUGAAGAGAGAUGUUCGGAAGGCGGCUGUUGAGGCACGAUUCGCUUGGUCACGUCAUAUACAGGAUGCACCGGAGGAAGAUGAUUAG